UUGUUACGGGACCGCCGUACACCGGAAAUCAGUCGUCAGAUGUUGGAUGAUACUGUACUGUGAUACUGUGUGGAUGAAAGAAUGUUGCCGUUACAGUUUACAAAAGAUCCUUUGACAGAAGCGGUGACUACUGACUUUCAGAAUUUGAACAAAUUUAGUGAGCAGCAAUUUGCCAGCCUGACAGAAAUCUUAUACCAGUUUCUACUGGAGCCAAAGGAGACAGACAAGUUUCUCACACAGCUGAAUAAGUUUGCUGGGGAAAAUGGCAUGAGUGCUGGUCCUCUGAGGAGUUUGAUGAAGAGUGUGCUCCUCCUUCCUCAUGGUGCUCUGAAAAAAAAUCUUACUGCUGAACAAGUAAAAGAAGACCUCCUUAAUCUUGGAGUCGAUGAAGAUAAGGCUGUGCAUUUCUCAAAUCAGUGGAAAGUCCACUAUGCUGUGCUCUCCCGAGUGGCUGUAGGACAGACUUUGAUGGUCAACCAGCUGGUGGACAUGGAGUGGAAAUUUGGUGUAACUGUAGGGACCAGUGAGAUUCAGAAGACUGGGAACAUCUUUCUACAGCUCAAGCUUAUCAUCAGAAAAGGGAACUCCACAGAAAACAUCUACAUGGAGCUGACACUACCGCAGUUCUAUAACUUUCUCCAUGAAAUGGAGCGAGCAAAGGCUGCUAUGGACUGUUUCAGCUGAGCUGCAGUGUCGGCCUGGGGCUCAGCACACCUCUGUAUCCGCAUUUUGCCCUUGUGUGUGUGUGUGUGUGUGUGUGUGUGUGUGUGUGUGUGUGUGUCGUUACCCAGCCUACACCACAUAUUAACUUCUGAUUAUUUUUUCAUGUUUGUAAAGAAACUGGUCCUCAUGUAAGUAAUGAUGUGUUAUAUGAGAAACAUUCUCUGAUUGUACAUUAACUUUCAAUAAAUAAAUAUUUCCAAUACGCCUUGUAAA